AUGUCAUCUGACGAUCUAGCGCAUUUCAACCGUCUGUCUAAAUCCAUCCAUGUCACCAACUCCACCGCCAACUACCUGCCAUUUACCAGUCCUCAGACUCGCCCGAGACAGAGUUAUCCUAUAAAUUUGUUCAACUUGCCUAAUAGGAUAAGCUUGGACGAACGCCAUGUUCAACUGACACAGCAUAAGGGUGCUGAAGAGAUACCCGUAUUUCAGUAUGAUCAUGCUACUAUGAGUGAUCCUAUUCUGUUUUCGGAAUCUAUGAGGGAAGCCGGUAAGCAGUAUGGAGCAAUUAAGAUCAUUAUGCCUGAAAGUUUUAAUAAUAUGGCAAGGACGAAUUUCCAGAUCAAUCCAGAUCUUUUCCAAUUUAAGACCAACCGUAUCUUGGCGAGCCCAAAAGAGAAUGAAAUUUUGACAAGGCUCCGAUUUUAUAACGAACUCAUAAGUUUUCAUUUAAAUGUGCAACGAUCUGAAGGUAUUGAUGGCACUCAGUCUCCAGCAGUACCAUUGAAACUGGAAGACGAUAUCGACAUUCCUUCUCAAGAAAGCACCGACGCUUCCCAGCCGAAAGAGGAAUCCCAGAAAUCUUCGAGAUCCAAAGUACCUCCUUUUUUGCAGAAACUACCCAUGAUGGAUAAGAGACCUUUGGACCUUUACGAUUUGUUUCGUCUUGUCGUAAUGAGAGGCGGCUACAACGAAGUCAUAAACAGAAAACUCUGGGCCCAGAUCGGCAGAGAGUUGGGCUACAAGGGUAAGAUCACAAGCAGUCUUAGUAGCUCGCUAAAGCUUUCUUAUGCGAAAAUACUACAUCCUUUAGAGGUGCACUUGGGGCCUAAAUGUGCUCAACUUGCCGGCUUGACCGACAUACCUGUAACUGUACCUGUGGGCGAAGAGCCAGCUGCAAAAAGAAGAAAGGUGGACCCGCUGUCGCCUCUUUUACUUGGCUCUGCAAAAGAAUACAGACGUUCAUUCCGUUCCAAGGCUAGCAAAGGCUUUCUUCUAAAUCAGCCUCAUUUGGUGGAUGUCAAACCUCCACUCGUUUUUUCCUCUCAACCAGAGAACGGCUCAAGCAAUGGUCCUGAGACUUCAGGCAAACCUCCAAAGGUUUCAUCUACAUGCUCACUUAACCCAUCUGCUCAGGUGAAUAGCUACCUAAAAUGGAUGGGUGUGAAUGCCACCAACCUCCAGGAUGCCACCAGACAAGAGCCAAACGGAAAGCUGGCAUCAAUUUACUCAUUACGCCAAUUCAUUGAAAAGGACUGCAAAUUCCAAGAAGUUUUGAUUUCAUCUAACCCUUCCAUGUUUGGCAUUAACGGCGAGAGAAAUGGCUCUUCGUCGCAUCAUAACCUUCCCACGCAUGUAAGUGGCUUUCAGAUCAGUGACGACUCGAGCCCCAUUUCUCCCCAAGGCCUAGAAGAAAUCUUCUGGCAGCGUGCAAGCCAUGAGGGUAUCGAUGAUAUUCUAGAUGGAUUAAAGAUCGAGAACGGCUUUUCUUUACCUCAUUUGGCCAACGGCUCAGGCUUCCUUCGAAUCGGAGACGACUUUACCAACUACAAAUCGCAUUUGAAUACAGUGAAUCAGCCAACUUCCAGCCAUCAUUCUUCAGGUUCUGAACCUUCAAGGAGCCAGGAGCAGCAUUCAACCACAAGCAGCAAAAACGGUACACCAACCCCUGUUGAUACAGCACCUUCUUCCAGACCUUCCUUUAAUGGUGAUACUUACGCUCCCUCUAACAGUGAGGCACUCAUUCUCAAUUGCCAACCGUACAUUUCCCGAACGAUAGGAAAUUCGUUAGCGCCUUUCAAUCUUCACAAUCUACCCACUUUGCCCAACUCUCUUCUUGGAGCAUUCUCGGCGCAUGAUAUCAACAAUAAUGACAUGCAUAACUCGCAUCUUAACGUGGGAAUGACUUUCAGUACAGAAAACUGGCACUGUGAAGACCAUUUUUUGCAAAGAUGCAGCUUCCACUUCUUCGGCAGGAGCAAAAGAUGGUACUUCAUUCCAGAGCUGGACUUUGCGAAAUUCGAAGAGCUUGUUAAAGAAGUCAAUUCCAAUAAUGCUGGCAAUGGAAAAGUUAACAUGAAUGGUCAACCUGAGAGCUGGCAGAUAUCCGAUCUUCUCAAGUAUCUCAACACAGAUAACGAUACUUUGAAUUUCGAAUAUGAAUGCCUUGUCAAUUCCCUAGAAAACAUGGUGAAUCCAUAUCCCGAAGUCCGUGCGUUCAUCGGUGACCCAGAGUUUCAAAAGAUCAUUGAUUUCCAGAGGAGCAAAAGAGAAGGCAUUUUCUACAAUCAGGAAUACUUCAUCAGCCCAGAAAUGCUUGAAAGUAGAGGAAUCCGUUACACAACUUCCUUGCAAAGACCAGGUGAAAUAAUCCUUCAAUACCCAAAAUCAUACUCGUCUUCUAUCUCCUUGGGAUUGAACAUCACGGAAGACGUGGACUUUGCAUCUAAGGGCUGGCUCGAUUAUGCAGAUGAAGCCGAAGAAUGGCUCAAGAAUCAAGGCAUCAUUCCUAACAUAUCGGUCUUCAAGCUUCUUAUUAACAUUGCCAGCUUGUAUGAAAACAACUGCGGCAGUUUCGACUUUGAUGUCUAUGACAAAGCCCUGAAAUGCUACGACAAGCUUCUUGAGAAAGAACUCACGCUCAGAAACAAGGUUAGAUCCAGAGUGAAGGUGAAGGAAAUCGUGAUAGAGGAAAGAAGCGCCCAUGACGCAGACAGCAUAGCCGACGAUAACUUACAAAACACUUUCCCUUCAAAGAUUCUUAUUACUAACACAAGGGAUUCGACGCAGUUUUCCAUGGCACUUGAAAGUUUCCUCGAGUAUAUGGAUGCAUUAGAAGCACAGAAACAGGGUACGCCUCAGUUUACCAUGGGUCUUCCUGACUUUAUAAAUUCUUCAGCUCAUAAGAUCGAACUUCAUGUUUUCUUAUCAGACGACCGUCUCAAGAACUACCAGAAAGUUCUUAGUGGUUACUCAAUUGAGUUCGAUGACUGGGUAUUGAACUAUGAGAAUGUCAUGCGUGAUGAAGAGGAAGUCUCCUUGAAAGUCUGUAAGAGUCUUCUCGGUGAUGGUCAGAAGAUACUUGCCGCCUUGUCGAGUGCUCAUCCACGGUUCAAGCGCUUUGUUUCUAACGGUUCAAGAGCUGCCGAGGAUGUUGAACGUGAACAGAAGAUGAAAGUCUUCAAAGGGUAUGUGGAGAAUCUUGACAAUUUUGUUACCCAUUGCAAUGACAUAAUCGAGGAGUGUCAAGCUGUGUUGUCUCUUAAGCAUCAACAAAGAAUUCGUGGAGCUGCCGAGACCACCUUACCGCAAGAACAGGAAAAACAGGGCAAGCUAACUACUUUGCUCGACCUUGCAAAUAAGAUCCCAAAGCUCAAUUUCUAUGCUCCCGAGUUUGAUCAAGUGCUUGAGUUUAAGAAUGAAAUCCAGAAUUUUGAUCGUGCUUGCAGAAACUUGAUCUCGAAGCCAAACGUACAGCAAUCAGAGUUAAAUGACAUGAUCAAUUUGGGAACAUCUUUUGGUAUUAAAUUACCAAUACUUGACUUUUUGGUUAGGCUUCGUGAUAGAGAAGUGUGGAUCAAAACGUUUGACGUAUUGUUUGAAGGUGGAGACCCUUUUGCUGGCAAAAAGGAAGUGUACUCAUUAUCUCACCUUCAAAAGCUUCAUGACGACGGUAUGCGUAUUCUUAGUGCAAACGAUUUGACGAAGCUUCAGCAGGUUGACAUUUAUCUCCAGGAAGGUAAAGCCUACGACGAUAAAAUCAACGGUUACUUGGAAGCCCAUAAGCAACUCAACAAUGUGAAUCUCGCUGAGCUUGAAACCUUGAUUAUUGAUAUGGAGGAAAGGGCAAAAGAACGAGGAGAAAAGAGACUUUUUGUCUUUAUGGAGUCAUACCAUAAGCUUGUUGAUUUGAAGGCCCAAACUCCGCUCAUUAAGUUUUUGCAGAAUUACAAAACGACUUCGCCAACAUUGUUUGUUGCUAAGCAGAUGAUUGCGGACUUGGAGAAGUCCAAGUAUGGCUAUGAGGAUUCUGAAAUCAAGAGUGAUCUUGGAAAAUCUCUUGAUUGGGUCGAACGUUUAUGGACAGCCUUAAAGAAGGUGAAAGCAUCUUUUGGAACUAGAUCUAAGCGUCUGUUUGACACUCAUUCGUUGAAACAUGCUGUCAAUACCGACUUGGUCAAGAAGCUUACUACCAUUCACAACAAACUUUCCACUAAUCUUUCGAACAAUGAUGUUGAUCCUUUUGAGCGGUCCGGUGGAUACUUGUUCUUGAAGGAUAUUGAACCUUCUUACGACGAAAGACUUCCCUUGCGUUAUUGUCUUUGUCGAGAAUUGGAAGAUGGCAUAAUGAUCGAAUGUGACCGUUGCCAUGAAUGGUAUCAUAUUUUCUGUGUCAAAGAGAAACUGGAAAUUGAGGAGAACGAGGAUAACUACGUGUGUCCAGCAUGUAUACUGUUGGAGUCUGAUGCGAUCUUAAAGGAAUUUGCAAAUGAAAAAGUAACUGACUUGAUUAUUGAUGAGUUUGUUAUUGCAGGAGAGGAUUUGAGAGUCAAACCUACCAGUGAACUUGAUGAGUUGAAGAGGCUCAAAGGUCAAAUGGAUGCUUUCAAAGCAGGUUUUAGCGAAAAUGGCUGGCAAGAUUCACAGACUGUACUUCUGGUACAUCGUGAAGCUUUUAUCUUCAGGAAGGUUUUCGGUGCUCCGGUAAUUAUUACUUCCAUCUACGAGAAGCUUCUGUCGUUCUUGAAAACUAACUCGAGUCUUUUUUCAGCACAAAGAGAUGAACGGUCGGUGCUGCCUGCUACGAACGGCGGUAUUGGGUCGGAAGGGUCUGAAGAAAAGAAGGAGCCCACGGAACAACCAGAAAUUGGAAAUGAUGGUCAAAACGGUGAGGCAGAACUAUCGGCAUCCAAACCAAUGGAAAUCGAGGAAUCAACAGAGAUCUCCCUGAGAGCGCUGCCUCAAACCGAAGGUAAUCAGCAGGGAUCAGAGUUUGGUCUUCCAGCAACAGAGCCUACUACCGAGGAAGCUGCAAACGCAGAACCUAGACUGGUGGACGAAACUCAUCUGGAUGUUCCAAUCGCAGAGGUUCAGAAACCAACGUACCAGUCACUUCCAGUACAAGGAAGACUUGAUUCAUUGAAGCACAUGUCCUUUUCGCUGCGUACCCCAGAGAUGGCCAGAGCUGAUGCGCCGGUACCAAGCAACCAAAGCCCUGCUGGUGAAAACAUCAAUGAAGUGCAAUCGCAACCAAUGCCUCAAAGUACCGAUAAUGGACAAGCUGCCUCUUCUACGACACCACCUCCCACAGAGUCAACUGUUCCAGAGCCCACAAGUGUUGCCUCUCCUCAGAGAAGUUCCGAAGCCCCUCUGGUAUCUGUCGAGAUCAAGAAAGAAACAACACCUGUGGAAGUACCUGUUUCGAAAGAUGAGAACCUCAUUGAUUUUGGUGCAUCGAAGUCUCCUGCUCCACAGCACGAAGUAAUGGUAUCGAAUAUCCUUGGUGAUACUACAAAAGAAGAAUCGAGUUCCCCAAAACCUGCUGAAGAUAAGGUCCAUGAAGAGGCUGACCAGGAAGUUUCUGCUAAACCUUUGCUGCCUGAACCAGCCGUGGAAAUUCCUGAAAUCCCAAGUGCUGAUGGUGAGACUCCUCUUGCUGGUUCCCAGGAGCCGAGCUUACCUUCUGCAUUGCCAGUUGAAGAGCCCCAACUGAGUGUACCUUCGGUAGAGCCAAAGCCACAGGAGCCAUUGCUUUCAGAGAAGAUAGAAGAGACGAGAAUUGAAGAGAAGACUGAAGAGCCAAGGACUGAAGAGCCAAGGACUGAAGAGCCAAGGACUGAAGAGCCAAAGACUGAGGAAGCAAAGACCGAAGAUCCAAAGUUAGAGCAACCAAGGGCUGAAGAGGAGACGGAAGAGAAGACAGAAGAGCCCAAUAUUGAAAGACCAAGCGUCGAGACGAAUAACGAGUCUUCCCAGGCUGACAUCUCUCAACCUGAUUCCCUUCCUGUUCCCGAGCCAGAAGCGAUUCCUCCACAAGAAGAACCUGCUGUUGCUGUGCCCUCUGUCCCUGCUUCAGUUCCUGAAACCGAUAGUUCUGCUACGCUUCCUACGCCAGAGCCAGUUGCUGUUCCUCCUGUUCCAGAGCAGCUGCAAACACCACUGGUUCCCGCACCUUCAGCUACUUCUGAGCCUGGCGACGAUACGUUCUUGGCCACCUUAAAGGCAGACUUCCCAGACGUUUCUUCUUACCCAGACACCACCUACAUUGACCAAUCGUUACCCUUCAUUCAGGAAAGCAGUGAACCUAAACAGGACAGUGCACAGCAGAACGUUUCUUCAGAGGCCCUUGGAGAUUUGCUUCUAGCCGAGCUUGGAGACGAAGAAGAAGCUUCAAAAAAGCCCGAAUAA